GGUGCGAGGCUUGAGGCGCAUCACCGUGUGACGUCAGCACGCCAGGCCUGGCUUGUGUACCGCUACGGGCUGAGUGGAGAGACGUACAGGAACUGGGAGAGCUUGAGCGGGGCAGGAAGAUGAGUCUGAAAUCGGAGCGCCGGGCCAUCCACGUGGACCAGUCAGAAUUACUCUGUAAAAAAGGAUGUGGCUACUAUGGAAACCCAGCGUGGCAAGGGUUCUGCUCAAAGUGCUGGCGGGAGGAGUACCAGAAGGCACGACAGAAACAAAUCCAGGAGGACUGGGAGCUUGCAGAACGCUUGCAGAGGGAAGAAGAGGAGGCUUACGCCAGCAGCCAAGGAGCGCAGGGUGGUCAAACAUCUCUGGGCUUUACCAAAUUUGAAGAAAAGAAAUCCAAUGAAAAGACAAGAAAAGUGACAACGGUGAAGAAAUUCUUUACAGCCUCAUCCAAAAGUGUACCGAAGAAAGACACGGAAGAAAAGUCUGGUAAGCCGGUGCAGGCAGAAGGCAGGGAGCGCAGUGCUGACAUUCUCAGGGACCUGAAGGGUCUCUUUGUCCCUCCCUGGGAGCUGGCCUCUCCUGCUGAAGAUAUGAAAGAAGCCAAAGCCCCCAGCCCUUCUCUUACGCGCCAGUACAGCCUGGAGACUGAUCGGGUGUCUAAAGAUUUUAUUGAGUUUUUAAAGACGUACCAAAAAGCAGGACAUGAUGUCUACAAACAGUGCAGAGUCUUCUUGGAAGCCGUACACCACAAGAAGGAGUCAAACAUUGAUGAGUUGUCAGAGUUCACUCAGGACUUUUACCAGAACACAGCGGACAAGCUGCAGAUGUAUUGGAAAGUGCCCCCUAUUAAAGUGGAGGAAGCCAUGGAUCAGAUAGAGAAGUUCAUCAUGACUCGCCUCUACAAGCAUGUAUUUUGUCCCGAGACUACUGAUGAUGAGAAGAAAGACCUAACUGUGCAAAAGAGAAUCCGGGCUCUACAUUGGGUAACACUACAGAUGCUCUGUGUUCCUGUAAAUGAGGAUAUUCCAGAAGUCUCAGAUAUGGUGGUAAAGGCAAUAACAGAUAUCAUAGAAAUGGACUCAAAGCGGAUUCCUCGUGAUAAGCUUGCAUGUAUCACUGGGUGCAGUAAACAAAUCUUUAAUGCGAUUAGGACCACGAAAAAUGAACCUGCGUCUGCAGAUGACUUCCUCCCCACACUGAUCUACAUUGUACUUAAAGCAAAUCCGCCACGUCUGCAGUCUAACAUCCAGUACAUCACCAGAUUCUGUAAUCCAAGCCGACUGAUGACUGGUGAGGAUGGGUACUAUUUCACUAACCUGUGCUGCGCUAUAGCCUUCAUUGAGAAGCUGGAUGCCCAGUCUCUUAACCUCAGCGAGGAAGAGUUCAGCAGGUACAUGUCUGGCCAAGCGUCUCCGAAAAAACAAGACUCUGAUAUCUGGGAUGCGGAUACGUGCCCAGGAGUGAAACAGAUGCACAGGAACCUAGAACUGCUCUCCCAGCUGUCAGAGAGGCAAGAACGCAUUGUGACAGAAGCCAAGAAGUUAGAGAAGGACUUGAUUGAUUGGACGGAAGAUGUAACCCGUGAAGUCCAGGAUAUUGUGGAAAAAUACCCGUUAUACAUAAAGACUAACAGCCAGGCUCUGGCCUCUAUCGAUUCUGAGAACGUGGAGGACGACCGUCUGCCCCCACCACUGCAGCCACAGGUCUAUGCAGGAUAAUCAUCAUCAUCAUCAUCAUCAUUACUCACUGAACUUCUUUUUUCCAUGAUUUAUGGAGCAGCCCUGGGUCAGCUUAUUGUGGACUUGAAAGGUCAAAGAUUAUGAAAUGAAGUUCAUAUUUUGGCCCAAGGUUUACUCAGACUUGCAGUGUAAUCUAUUUAUUAUCUUUAGACAGCAGGGCAAUCGUGAGUCUCUUGUAUUUUUCACAAGGACGGAUCUACCAACCACUAAAUUGACGUUUAAACCCUAAACAGUCCUCUGUAUCUUCUCUGCCUUUCGGAUGUAACAUCUUGAGAGUCUUGCUGCCGUCUCCUUCAUAUGUUUGGAACAAGGUUAUUAUUUUGCCUUUUCGUGGCUGCUUGUCCAAAGGCUAUUUUGUCAUCUGCCCCCAUCUCUGCUACCCUCCCCACCUGAUUUUACAGUGUUCCACCAUGGACUUUUUGACCUCUUGCGUAUUACACCAGCGUACCCCCGUGGAGAACAUUGAUGGGGGCUAUGCCGCUGGUUACACUAGGAGAAUAAAAAUCUAGGUAUAAUUUUAGUGAAACUUAGUAAGUAAAAGACAUUUUCCACCCCGUAUAAGUCCGUAUUGCAGUGGGCUCAGCUCCGUAUCAUAGUAUUUUAUAGAUUAUUAUUCAUAUCCGAUAUAUACUUUGCACCUUUUAAGAUAAUUCUGUCAUCCUGAUCCUUUAAAGGGUCACUAACUUUAAAAAAAGCUUUUGAUAUGUCAUAGAAACAUAUCAGAAGUUUAGAUUGGACGGGGCCUGAGCACUGAGACACCCACCGAUCCCUAGAAUGGGGGGGGUGCACAUAUUGUGCUCUCUCUCCUCGUCGCUGAGGACGGAGUUGAGAUGGCCCAUAGAAUUCUAUGGAGCUUGUCUCAUGCAGCGGCGAGAGAGAGCGCGCAAUAUGUGCACUCUUCUCUUCACCCAUUCUAGGGACUGGGGGUCUCAGGGCUCAGAUUCUGACUUUUCUCUCUGGCAUAUCAAAAGUUUUUUGAAAAGUUAAUGACCCUUUAAAGCCUCUUUCUUGCUAUUCCUCCACUCAAUUAUAAGCUGAAGAUGUAUGCUGUUUAGCAGCAGGGAUUUUUGGGUUUAAGACUAAAUUUGCACAUGGCAGAUGUAGACAUAAUACUCAAAGUAUUAAGUAUUUUUUUUUAAACAUUCCAGUGCUUAUUAUUUUACAGAGAAUGUGUUCGGUAUAACUAGUAACACGGACUACUAACCUUAGGUCCUAUUGUGCAUUUAAUUCUGUGUAUACCCCAUGUCUUUCCCAGAGAAGAGGCAUCCACCUAAACUUGAGUGUAACCUAAAGAGUCCUUACCAAUUGUGAGAUCCAUGGGUUUCAUUUUGUAGACCGCUCCUGCAGCCACCUUGUAUGCCCAGGUCCCAUGCAGUGGUUGUCAUGACCAGCCUGGGAACAUGUAUAGGAAACAACUCAUUGUGCUCAUGCAGGGAUAACUGUUAUUUCCUAUACAUGUUCACAAGAAGGACAGGGCAACGGCGGCUUGGGACCUGAGUUUAUAGCCAGAAUGCAGGA